AUGGCUGAUGUUCGUGCGCUCCUGCGCAGUGAGCUCGCAUCUCGGGCUUCAAGCACCACUGGCCCCGGAAAGAAGCGGAAACUUGAACCUCGCCCAGCUGACAUACGGAAAAAAUUGAAGCCAACAGCACAGGUCGAGGAGCCUGGAAAGCAAGAGGCGGAAGAGGAACUGGUAGAGGGACCUGAAAAUGAAACUUACUCCUCUUCGAAUACUACGACAACGACAGUAAUUGCCGAACCAGAACCUGCCGUCGUGGCACAAACUCAAGCGACAGAAGCAUCACAAGAAGAACCCCAAGCUAUUGACGAAGAUGAAUGGGCAGCCUUUGAGCGCAGUGUUGUUGCGCCUACAAGAAUGCAAGUUUCUGCUACUGCAGCUUUAAACUCCGGCGCUACGAUAUCCGCCGCCCCAGUAUCGGCAGCUGAGCUUGCAGCACGCGAACAAGAAGAACGGGAAUCGCGCACUAAAGCUCGAGAGGCGGAACUGCAAGGCGAACAGGAAGAAGCCACGCGGUCACUGGAGGAUGAAUUGGACGAAAUGGAACAGUUAGAUGAGCGCGUCAAGCGAUUGAAGGAGAAGCGAGAAGAAAUCCUGAGACGAAGGGGGGAAGGCCUCUCAAAAGACGGCCUUGAUAAAGCUCGCAACCUCGAAAUGGAUACUAAGGACCGCAUUAACCGUGACAAGGACACGAAUGAGGAUGAAGAAGAUGAGGAGGAUAUAGAUUCUGCUGAUGAAUGGGAUGAUUGGCGCUUUAGGUAG